UCCGCAUAUGAAUAUUGUGAAAGUGAUUUGAGGUUAAAAUCCCUUUAAAUCCCAACACACGUAUAAGUUUAUCGAUUAAGUGUCUUCAAGCAUUUAAACAAUAGGACGAGAACUAUCGCGCUUAUUUAUCUCACAAAUGUCAGAAUGGUGAAGAAUAAACUGACGUGGUUGAGGUUCAGUUACGUUGUGCCGCCAGUGAAGAAUAUCCACGAGCAAAACUGAUACUGACUCGGCAAAAAUGAGUAGGCUAUGGAAUUACUUGAUAUUUCAGGCAUGGAUGUCUUACCUGAUGGCAGCCGGCUUGCUAGUCUUCACGAGCGGCUUCCUUCUGAAUCGCGUCUCCAGGCCCGAGCGGGCCGAGUGCACGCAGUGCGCUGUCAACAGUAUCAACAAUGUCAACGAUUGCGACGUGGGAAAUCUCUUCCAGGACAUGGAACACGCGGCCAAGGUGUGUCUGGAGCGCAGAGCGCGGGUCGUCCUGCUGAUUGUUGACGCCCUGAAAUACGAGUUUGCUGAAUGGUACGAAAAUACUGCUUCGAUGUUCUCCUACCAUCGCAACAAGCUGCCUGUGAUUCAUGAAUUACUGCAGAAACAUCCGUCACAUUCUCGCCUAUACAAAUUCAUAGCAGAUCCGCCUACCACGACUAUGCAACGUCUGAAGGGUCUUACAACUGGUUCCCUGCCAACUUUUAUAGAGAUAGGCUCGAACUUCGCUUCGGAGUACAUUCAAGAAGACAAUCUUAUUGACCAAAACGCUGCCAGUGGUAUUGUUUUUAUGGGAGACGACACGUGGACCAAUCUAUUCCCGGAUAAAUUUAUGAGACAGUUCCCAUCGCCGUCGUUCAACGUCUGGGAUCUGGACAGCGUGGACAAGGACGUACAAUAUCGGAUUUUCUUCGAGAUGAAGAAGAAAGACUGGUCGUUGCUGAUAGCGCAUACACUUGGAGUUGAUCAUUGCGGACACAAGCACGGCUCGCAGCAUCCAGAGAUGACGAGAAAAUUGAAUGACACGAAUACACUUAUAAAGGAGAUUGUGGCGUCUCUUGAAAAAGAUAUGAUGCUUUUUGUUGUAGGAGAUCACGGCAUGACUGAGACAGGUGAUCACGGUGGUGACAGCUCGAAUGAAGUCGAAGCUGCGAUGUUUGUUUACUCGACAACUCCUUUGAUUAGAGGAUUUGCCACUAAUAGUGAUAGCGUCAACCAAAUUGAUCUUGUUCCUACUCUAGCAGCGAUUCUUGGCACACCAAUCCCUUUUUCUAAUUUAGGUUCUGUAAUAUUAGAUUGUUUGCCAAAUAACGUAGGAGAUGCUGCCGGUCAGUUAUCGUAUCUAUUGCAAUCUUUGUGGAGGAAUAUUGCCCAAACGAAAAAAUACAUAGAGGUAUAUUCCACGGAUACAUACUUGUUCUCAAAAGAGCAGCUUCAGCAUUUAGAUUAUGUGUAUAAUCUUCUCGCGGAACGUAUUAAACAUAUUGAUAGUUCUGAAAAGUUAAUGAUUUUUGUUGGAGAUACCAAAGGUUAUUUUAAAUUAUUAAAAGAUACAUGUUCCGAAGUGUGGGUCCAAUUUGAUUCUGGUUUAAUUUCCAAGGGUUUACUUUUAAUGUUUUGUUCCUUGUUCUUCUUUUAUCUCUUUAUCACCGGUAUCCCCGAAAAUCGUAUGUGUGAUAUAUUUAAAUCUUCAUUUUUACAAUGUGCCAUUAUAGCAAAUUUAAUUACCGCAGCAAUGACUACAUGUCUGUUCUUGUUGAAUAUUUUAGAGGAAUUAAGGAAUACAACUUUUUUUGCUACUGGCGCAGUUUCUAUUGGUUUAUUAGUUAUAGUAAUUGCUCAAAACUGGGAUGUUAUAUCGAUGUGUUGGUAUGAUCAUCGUAGAAUUAAGCUGUUGACUUAUGUAACGAGAAUAAUACUUCUUUUAACAGUAUGUGGACUUUUCUCAAACAGCUAUAUAGUUGAAGAAGACAAAGUCUUGUCCUUCCUAUUUGUUACACUCGUUUGCCUGCUCAUUUUUGAUUUAAGAAAGAGCGAUUCUGAUAAUACUUUUGAGAAGAAGACAAGAUUUACGUCAAAGUCAUCAAAACCAAAUUUUAGGACAAUUGUACUAGUUAUUGGUUUGUUAGCAUGCAUCUCAGUUAGAUUAUCGCAUUAUUUCUGGCGAUGUAGGGAGGAACAUUUACAACGGGAAUGCUCUAUAGCUGCAACUGGUAAAGUUGGCUGGUCCACAAUGCCAAAUAAUUGGGAGCGUGCUUUAUUUGCUGUUUUACUUGCUUCGAUCAUCCUAGCAUCAUAUGUGGUAAUAGUUAGACUGUGGUUGCAGAGUUGUGGAAAUCUCACAGGUUUCGCUCCUAGUGUUAUGGUGGGACAGUAUUGUCCGGUUAUUGUAAGCGUUUGCAUGGGUUGCUACUGGAUUCUGCAAAAGCUCCCGAAAUUUGUCAAACCAAAACUCGCACUGUCUUGGGAAAUUAAUACGUUGCCUAACGUAGUUUAUUUCUUCUGUGUACUUGCAAUUCUCGUCCUCUACUAUCGUCCACUCAGCAUAUACCUGUUGCCAAAGAAGAAAGAAUCCAUCGACGUCUACCGCGACGAAAACAUAGUGCCUCGGUUGUUCGAAAAGAUAAAAGAUUCGAUUUCCCGCAAACGAAUAGAUGCCGAUGAACUUCCAGUCAUCUACGGUUUCGGAACUGCCUAUAGUGCCGCAUUCAUCUCAUUAAGUGUAUUUAUCACACUUCUAUAUGCAUUAUUGUUGGGAGACACUCUAUCGCCUGGUACAUUUUUGAUGUUUGUAACAUGCGCCUGUAUAUUGGGUUUGUCUGCGAUAGAGAGAUACAAAAAUGCUAAUAAUAUUUCUGAACUCGUUGAUGUAUCUAUGCCUGUACUAUUUUGCUGGUUUUUGUUAGCUGAAUAUUUCUUUUACGGAACUGGCCAUCAGGCGACUUUUCCUACUAUUCACUGGCACGCUGCCUUCAUAGGAACUGGUGGUCAUUUUUAUGGCAAUUUAAUAUCAGCAAUUCUAAUUGGUAUCAAUACAUUUGGAUCGCAUAUUAUAUUGGGUGCGACGUUACCAUUAUUAGUAGUCGUACCAUUUACGUUGCACCGAGUAUUUCCAAAGUUUCUUAAAGCGAAAUUUCUCGAUGAUAUAAAGAGAGGUGAACUAUUACUGUUUGAACAAGACUCUGCUUUCCACGCUGCAAUUUUCUCGGUUGCAGGAAAAUAUACGUUACUUCACGGAAUCCGGACUUUCGGUAGUAUGCUCGCAGCAACAAUCCACUGUCGGCAUCUGAUGGUUUGGAAAAUAUUUGCACCGAAAUUAAUUUUCGAGGGAUUAGGAUUUUUGGUAACAUUGGGAAGUGUAUUAGCAUCAUUCUACAUGGUGUUUCGCAUCGAUCAACAAAUAGAAUACCUCAUCACCAAAAUCACGAAAAGCAGAUGAUAGUGACUUACUCGUAAGGGUGUGUAGUACAAUCAAUAGCUAAGUACCAAAGUCUCAUAAAGACAUUUCACUUCUGCGUUAAACUCGAAGGUGGCCCGUUACUUACGAAUAUAAUGAUUCGAUAUAUUGCAAUAUGAAAGAUGAAAAACAUGAGUCGAAAGCAAAACAUCUGUGCUUGCAAUACUGCCAAUAUUUCCACAAUUUUAUAUGAAGUGUAACACAAGAAAGGGUAAAUAUAAAGUAUCAGUAUGUAUGUGUGUAUUAUAUACAUAUAUAUACACAUACAUACGAAUAUUAUAAAUGACGUUUCUCGUACUGAAGUACAGAAACUUAUCUCUCCAUUUCUUCGAGAUGAUAUUAAUGUUAGAUAUUAACGUCCAUCUCUUAUAAAAUGUUAUGUCGCGUAACCAAAUUGUGAUGCUUCCUAACACACUAACGCUAUCCUGCGUGCAAUGCAUUGCUGAUUGAAGACAAACAAAGCAACGCACUUGAUGCAGGAUUGCGUCUGUGUGCCGCGGUCUGUCUGCGCGACUGUUGAAUACAUUGCCGUGUGAUUGCUAUUGUUAAAAAAGAGAAAGAGUACGAUAUAUAAAGAAUAGACUAAAUACUAUUAGAGAGGACAUCCACCUUUCAUAUCCUUCGAUACAUCUACAUAGAGAAAAAAAAUCGUGUAUCGUGUUUGAUAAAAAAAACGAAUUAUGCAAUAAAUCUGACAUUUAAAAUUCAUUCUUAGUUAUAUCAUAUCUCGAUUUCUCUAUCGCAGAUAGUUUCAAAUGACUUAUAAAAUAUUAACUGUUUCUUUUUUACCUUCUUUUGCCAAAUAUAUUUUAUUGGAGAAAUAA